UCCAAAGUGAGCAUUGUAAGUAUAAAAUGAUCCACACUCUGUAGUUGAAAUCUAAAGUGUAAUUGAAUAAAGGUACGUGCUGCCCAACUAAUUACAAGUGACAUUCAAACAGAAAGAGCAGCCAGUGUGGACGCCUUUGUGGUGAAAAGAGAACCCGGCGAUUUUUACGGAGGUUGGCAUUAAAGAUCCUCUUGUGUGCUGUGGCAGUUGAGAUGAACACAUCUGGACCUGCUGACAUAAAAGCGUGUGACGUCACCAGCAGCAGUAAGUCGUCUUAGUCACAGCACAGCGUAUAAGAAAACAAGGCCUUAAAUAAAAAUGACAGUUCUCCUGUGUGUAUCAUUCCUAACCAAUCUGCCAGUUACAGAAGCACAAUCCCGGUCACUAACACAUUUACCGUGUUGCCCGCCCAUUUAACAAUCAGUGAGAACAGAUUUCACCCGAUUCAUUAAAUAUUUCAUCAUUUAAACCCAGAGGCAUGGGCACUGCCCCCCCAGAGACAAGCUGUGCCCAUCCUGUGAAAUGCUCUGUCCCUCCGCAAGCUGCUGGCUCCACAGUUGAGCCCAGCACCGCUGCUACCAACACGGAGCACAGCGCACCCACGUCAGGAACUGAAACUCCAAAAGAUGUAGAUAAGCCUACACAAUCCUCCAGCUCUGUGCCCGUGUCGGGUAUCCAAACCUCUGCCUUCAACAAAAUCGACAGUCCGGUCUGCCUGACUUAAAUAUGGAUAGCCCAUCCCAGCCCGUUUUUAAUUAAUUAUCCCAAGUGCGCAUUUGGAAAGACACUCAGAUGUUUUAGUGCAAGCUGGAAUCAGUCUUGACCAUGGCUUGAAUAUUCUGUUGUCCGUGAUGCCAGCUUUUGCUUUGCCUGCCACAAAUUUAGUGCUUCCAUUCGGACCGUGAGAACAUAUUCACCAAACAUGGCUACACUAAUUGGGCUACUAAUCUGUAGAAAAAGACUGGCGGCUUCCACAAACGCGUCUAGUAUCCCGCACGUCAGAGCCAUGUCUGCAUGGCAAGAGUAUCGGCACCGGGCAGAGACGGGUGAAAGCAUAGUUCAACUACUGGGUCCAACCCAGAUAGAAAAGAAUAGAUAUGAUGUGAAAAGCACUGGGGAGGCCGUUCACUUCCUUGCAGUCCAUGAACUGGCUCUGCGUGGUCACAAUCACGAAGGUGAGGAGGAGGAGGAGGACGGACUUUCCUGAAGUUCUUUGAUUACACAAUCAAUAAAGACACCAGACUUGCAGAACUUGUAAAGUACAUCCCAGACAACGCAAAAUGCACAUCCAGUGUAAUUCAAAAUUAAAUGAUUGAGUCUUGCCAAAAUGGCGGUAAAAGAUAUCAGGACCAAAUAUGAAAAGCUGACUCUCCUGGACUCUGCAUUAAAAGUGAUGGUACCAGGGAUCGCAGUAACAUUGAGAAUUUGUCUGGAGUGAUUAGAUUUGUCCAGAACUCCAUCCCUGAAGAAGACCUGAUUGGCUUCAUUGAACCGAAUCGGCUUGAUGCUGAAUAUAUUUGUAACCCAAUUCUGCCCCAUCUCUCUGAGCUAGGUUACAGCCCAGACAAUUUAGUGUGUCAGUGUUUUGACGGUGCUUCUGUCAUGUCUGGGCCAAGGGGUGGUGUCCAGGCUUUGUUACAAAACCAAGUGUGUAAGUACAUUCCAUAUGUACACUGCUACAAGCAGCAGCUCCAUGUAGCAGUGAUACAUGCGAUGGAAUCCGAACCUCUGGCUGAGAAGUUCUCUGACUGCUCAAAUUCAUUGAACACAUUUUGUCACAGACCUUAUGUUUCACACACACACAAUACAGCCACACUGACAAGACUUCUAGAAAUACGAUGGACCAGCAACAUUUAUUUAUAUCGCACAUUUUCAUACAAGAAAUGUAGCUCAAAGUGCCUUAUGUAAUGAAGAAAAGAAAAAUAAAAGACAAAGUAAGAAAUUAAAAUAAGACAACAUUAAUUAACAUAGAAUAAGAGUAAGGUCCGAUGGCCAGGGAGGACAGAAAACAAAACAAAUACUCCAGACGGCUGGAGAGAGAACUCAUAUCUGCAGGGGUUCCAGACCACGAGACCACCCAGUCCCCUCUGGGCGUUCUACCUGACAUAAAUGAACAGUCCUCUUUGUAUUUAGGGUUCUCACGGGAGGACUUGAUGACGGUCAUGUAGCCUUCUGGCUUCUAAUCCAUCACUGUUGGAACCAGUCAUUAUGAUGUCACAAAGUCCAUUGUCAACAACGUGGAAGCUAUAAGGGGGCUUCUCUCAGGUAGCAGAGGCUGACACUGCCCCUUUUGACAUUUGCAUACAGGCAUGUGGUCUUUUGACCCAAUUUAAAAAGCAGAAUUUCUUCAAUACAAGAACAUUCCUCCUUCGUGUGCUUGGUGUGCUGAAACCAGCCAAUGCAAUUGUACAGGCACAUGCAGUGGAUUUGUGUCCUGCUGGGGAGGUGGUGACCGCUUCACUGGCCACACUGAAGGAGAUGAGAUGCCACUCAUUCUGGGAGGAUCAUUUCUCUCAGUAGGCCUACCAAUUCGCUCAAAAGGAAACGGAAAGUUAAUUCACAGCUUGAUGAUAGUAUUGUCGUGUCUACACUUGGGUAUGGUGACUCUGAUGAACAAAUUGCUCCUAAUCAGACUUUUAAAAGGGCUAUGUUCAGCAUUCUUGAUAGAUCGAGAGCUAUUGUGGGAAUGGAGACAAGGUUCUCUCAGAGAAAUGUUGAAUUAUUGAGGGCCACAUCGCUUCUCCUGCCUAAAUCAGAAUUAUUUCCUGAUCAUUCUCUCCUGAAACCACUUCAGGCACUUGCAGGCACAGAGCAAAACAGCAUGAGCUUGCAAAAUGAAAUUGCUGUGGCAAAAGCAAUGGUGAUCACUAAACUGUGAAUCACGCAAAGGCAUUGAGCCGUACAAAGAGGCCUGCCCUAUGUUGCAUUGGCUAUAUGUCACAGCACUCAUCACUGGCGUGUCUUCAGCUGCAUGCGAAAGCUCUUUCUCUACUUAGAACCGCAUUCUCACUCCACUCUGCCGAACAAUGCUGCAUUCAAGGAAGAGAAAUGUAGUCAUUCUGGCACAUGAGAAGAAUCUCACAGAAAAUCCAGAUAUGAAUGAGUUUAUUUCAGAAUUUGCCAAGAGUGACCGCAGACUGGUCCUGUAGAUAAUAUCCAGGUUAAACACUGGAAACUGAUGUCCUAUAGCCUCCCUACACUGUAAAAAAUACAUCUUACAUGUCUGAAAAAUAAUAAUAAAAAAUAGCUAACUAUACGCAAAAUAAUCCUUAAUUAAUAAAAAUGGGUUUUACCCUAUUAUUUAUUUAAUUCUAAUUCAAUAAACAAAUUAAGAAUAAUAAGUUAUAGAAAUGUUUACAUUUUAAGAAAAAUAAUAACUUAUUAUUCUAAGUAAAAAAAACUACACUGUGAACAGAAGACAUUUAAGUUAAAUGUAAUGACGCCGCACUUCCUCUCACAUCGACUUCUUGGUCUUUACAACAACGCAUUCAGCUGUAACGUUUAUCCAUAAUAAGAGCUAUUUUACUACGAAUGUGUAAGUAUAAAGCAUAUUAACUUCGUAAUGAAUAAUAACUAGUAUUUCAUUUCUUACAGUUACAGACAUAAGCAGUUGUUGUUUUCACGAAACCUUUCCCUUCAUGUGGGAAACAUGGCGAGCAAAGUAGCGUCUUUCUAACAACCUACCUCGUUGGUUUGCUUUAAAAAGCAAGCACAUUUCUCAGAUAGUUACGUAAGUUCAUUUUGUUUUGUUUUUUAUCAUUUAAAACUUUAAUUUUACACAGAAAAAGAAAUGACACUUUGAGUUAAGUUUGAGAAAGCUAUGGUGUUUGUCCUAAACUACGACCUGUAAACAGACGUUUGCCUAACCGUCACGAUAUUAUUAUUUGACCUCUUAUUAAUUCGUGUUCUACAUAGGUCAUGUAUUUUCUGGUUAAUUUUAAUACUGUGGUUUAUUUAGUGAUGUUUGAUUUCCUACGUCCUAUUUUAUUUCAGGAUUUUCACUAUCGCCUACUGAGAAGUACUGGCAAAGGCGGCCAUUCAUUUAAGCGGAUAUGUUGGCGUAACUUCUUGAACUCUGUGUUUUGCUAAUGGAAGAACACCAUCUUGGAGCUAGUUAUACUGCUGUUGAGGCUACUAGGCUGUACAGAGAACUUAGGCCUUUGCUAAGAACCAGAAUAGUCAGAACCCCCUGAUGUACUCACACCAACAUAUGGAAUCAUAUGUCCAUAAAGGAUCUUCUACUCACUCUUUUAUUGAUGUCGGUUUCUUCGGAGUGUGUAUGUUUCCUUUAGACUUUUUUGCUUGUUUGUUUUGCUACUCUGGUUUAACCUUCUCUAUUGAUAGAUUUCAGGUAAAUGACCCAACCUUGACAUUUGUGUUGUGCUGAACUUAAGUGUAGUGCAUUUUGGGAAAGCUGAAACGUGAAGCAGGACCUCCGAAUGAUUUGUAUAGCAGCCUGUUUGCAGGUUCAAGUAACUUUUAGGAAUCAAACUUGGCUUGUGUGAUAACUGUGGUAGUGGAAUGGCAGCCAGGUGUAAAUGUUUAUUUGAGUGUGAGGGAUUGCAGUGGUGGUGUCUUUUAUUAGAACUCUGUUCAGAAAAGUUCUGAGUUCAGCUUUAGUUCAUUUGCCACUUAAAUUGAGCCUUUAAUUCAGUUGCUUUGUGACACUUUUUGUAAAGAGCCCAACUCAUUUGCCAACAUGGACAUUUUGAGAGGAGCCAUGGACAUUUAAAUGAAGCUUGUAUUUGCAUAGCUGCUGGACCCCCGUAAAGGAGCUCAAUCUCCAGCAAGAAAUCUUUAUUUUAACUUAAGGAUAUAUAAUUAAUAAGUAAGGAACCGGACCAUCUAGAAACUGACAUCUGGGACUGAAUGAAGAUGCAUGAACCCAAGCAGAUUGUAUAAUCUUUGUAUUCCUUAUACUUGUUUUUAUUUGUUGUCAUUAGUUAUUAUGCAAAUGAACAUUUUUUAUUUGCUGUCAUUAUGGCCAUAAAUCAUUUUGAAAUAAAAGCUUAAAUUAGGGUUACUCCACACACACACACACACACACACACACAUUGGUCAUUGGUUGUCCAGUCGGCUCUUUGAUAAAAGUUGCUUAUGGUCUUCUGGUUGAGCCCAUGCCUGCUUAGCGGAGGUCCUCUUUGUUUGGUUUCCAGACAGGUACAUUUCACAGUCCUUUUCUUUCUUUCUUUCUUUAUUUAAUAAUACUAUUCACAAGCCAGGAGCUAAAUGCUUUUCUCCAUUCUUCACUUACAUGUAAUAGUUUGUGCUUGUAAGUCUGCACUCCUCUUGAUUUUGUUCUCUGCUCUGGUGAGCACCACUUGUUAUCUGACAGCUGUUUGAGCCAAAGAGCGCUGUGUCAUCUUCAAGUUGUUGAGUAAGGUGAGUGCUUGUCACUAGUUGUUGAUUAUUUAUCAGUAUCGACUGACUGACUGACUUUCUACACUGAAGCUAAGUGUCAGAGUUAGUAAUUCUUGGGAUGGACGAAGAACUCUUUGUUUAACGUGACAGAGACGCCAAGCCAGCGGGCUUCUCCUUUUAUACAUUUGUUUUUGUUCUUUAAGGGCCUUUCCACGAUGAUUCUGCUUUUGAUUUCACUGAGCCUGUGGCCACCAGCCGUCACAUCUCUCGAUCAACACGACUGCCCUUCACCAUGGACAGCCUUCAAUGGCAGCUGUUACGUUUACAUUGACCUGCAGCUUCGUUAUGAGGAGGCCUGGUUGGUUUGCCGCCUCUCUUCGGUGCCCAGCGCUGAGGAGACUCACUUUAUCCUCGGCCUGACUGAGGACUAUUACAGGUUUCCUUACGCGUGGCUGGGAGGCCUUGUAGAUGGUGAGGGCAAAUGGCGUUGGAUGGAUGGAUCUGAAUGUGACUUCCAAGAUUGGGGCGUUUAUCAACCAAGGCAGCGUUCUCAGAUGGACAACUACCUGGCCAUCAGCUACCAGGAUAAGCAGACCCCCGGACAGUGGACCUGCUUCUACUACAGAUUUAAACUUCCUUUUGUGUGUAGAAGGGCCCGAGUGGAGUUGUGCCGGCUGAGGGUCUCACAGACGGCGAUGAAGAUGAUGACGAUGACGAGUGCUGGGUCUCACGACUCACUCCAUCAGUUGAUAUUCUUUUGUGUUUAUUCAUCGCGUUUUUCAAGUCACUCGCACAAUAAAUAAACCUUUGUUUGGAUUUCUUUGGUAUUAAAAUGUUUGAACUGUAAAUUAACAAUAAAGAGCAAUGAGCUU